AUGUGGUAUCUGGGGGUCCCUAUUGCUGUUGAUGCCCCCAUGGUUGUGGUGCGAGACGACGACUACGUAGACGCUAUUGAAAGGCUUGAGAGCGCAGGAUUCGGCCGAAGCGUUCCGAAUCGCGACCCUCCUCCCGAAAUUAUGGAAGACCUUCCAAACCCACAGCAGGUUUUGGAAGAAAUAUAUGCUGGCUACAAACGCUUGGACCGGUCUUGUGCAGUAUUUGAUUACCCACAUGGUGAUCCAGCAGAAGAAGACAUGCAGGUGUUCGUGGUUCCCGACUCCUUUGCGCAUGUUUUCCAAGAAGAUAUACCCCGCUCUUCGAUCAGAAUAGGAGAUACAGCGCCAACAACGCGCUUUCAAAAUUACGGCAGUCUGUACUAUCCACUAGAACAGGCACUAGUGGAAAGCUUUGUUAAGGCUGCAAUCGACGAAGAAACUGCAAUCGACGAAGAAACAGCAAUCGACGAAGAAACAGACGUUGGUUUUUCUGCGUGGGGCGAAUCACUAAAGUCUUGGGUAUCUCUGAUGACAGGGUACCUAGAAGUUGACAACGAUGCCCUCGAUCUGUGUCCUGAUAAACAAGCAGUGGACUGGUACAGUCGCAACUUUGGUCGAAUUCAUGAGGUUAAUUUCGGUCCUAUCGACCGACGCAUUUCAAAACGUCUAGGCUCAGGAAAAGAGAUGCCAAUAGAUGCGAGGGGCAAUCCUCUUUGA